CUAACCUGUCAUAGCAACACAAACGCUCAAACUGUGAACAUCAUCAAGCGAACGAACUCAAAUCAAAUACGAAUAAAUUUUAUUUUUUGAUUUCGGAAAAAUACGAUCUAAAUUCAGUGCAUAACAACACGGAUAAAAGAAGCAAAGCACACUCAACAACAACAAUUUUUUGAUUUCGGAAUUUUGUUUUUCUUUUGACGUUUCAUUAAAAAAUAAAUAAAACACAAACAUGGCUGCCAACUACAAAAGCUGCCCAUUGAAAAAACGCCCCAUCAUCUAUGUCAAGGACGAACAGGAACUGCAACAACCCAAACAGGUCUACGAACAGAUGGAAGCCUUGGCCCUGACCAAGCGUUCCCAAGCUGAUGAUCAGCCACAAGAUUUGUCACUGAAACGCAAGGCUAACGACAGUUUUGAGGAUUAUGUCGUACCAGUCAAGCGUGAAUGUGUCCUAAAUCUUUCGAGCAAAUCAUCAGCCCAAGAAGCCAAGGUUACGUUCCAAUCACCAGUCAUGGAUUUGUCCAACAGCUCGGCCAUGCUGUCGCCACCAGCUGAAGUUGAUUCCAGCAUGGAAUACCAACCCAGCGAUAUUCAUUUGCGUGGCUUGACCGCCAACACCACCGGCUACACCACCAAUCCCUAUCAGUCGGCUUUUGUUAUGGCUGCUGGCUGCAAUCCCAUGACUGCCCUAUGGAAUACCUAUCAACCCAACUUGUCGGCCAUCUUCCCCUCACCAGCUUCAUCCAUUGCCUCCGCUGCCUCACCCAGAUCCAACUACAGUUAUCAACACAUUUCUCCACCAUCCAGCCCUGGCUCCGACAUGAACUCCGAACCUGAGGAUCUUUCAGUGCGCAAUGACAUCCCCUUGCCAGCUCUCUUCCACAUGUUUGAUGAAACUCCCAGCCAUAGCUCCGGAGUAUCAUCAUUCUCCUCAGCCUCAUCGGUGUAUUCGCACAGCAGUUAUACCAGCAGUGGAUCCUCAGUCAGCAGUGGCUCCUCAUCCAACUCCUCUCAGAAUGCCAGCAAAAACUAUCGUUUCAAGUGUGACAAAUGCAACAAAAUGUACUCCACCUCCAUGGGUUUGUCGAAGCACCAACAAUUCCACUGCCCUGCCGCUGAAUGUAACCAGGAAAAGAAACAACAUGCCUGCCAGGACUGUGGCAAGCUCUACACCACCAUGGGUGCCUUGAAAAUGCACAUUCGCACUCACACCCUGCCCUGCAAGUGCCCCAUCUGUGGCAAGGCCUUCUCGCGCCCAUGGCUGUUGCAGGGACACAUUCGCACCCACACCGGUGAAAAGCCCUUCCAAUGUCCCGACUGCCCACGCUCCUUUGCCGAUCGUUCCAACUUGCGUGCCCACCAGCAAACCCAUGUCGAUGUCAAGAAAUACGCCUGCAAGGUAUGCAACAAAUCCUUCUCGCGCAUGUCGCUGCUGAACAAACACACCAGUUCCAAUUGUACCAUUACAAUUGCGUAAGCUGGAAAUCAUCGCAGCCCACCAAACUCGCCAACAUUCCGCUGGAAAGGAUAUCAUCGUUAACUGUUUGAUCUUUUUUUAAUUUUAUAUAAACCCAUUUUUUUUAUUUUUAAUUUUAAACAACAAGCAAAACAAACAAACCUCAAUUAGUUUUUAAAAAACCUCCCAGAUUUUAAGGAAGACAAUAAUCUAUCGUUUAUAGAGAUACUCAUAGUUGUAAGCUUUUUUCUCUUCUAUUUUUUUGAUAGUCAAUAAGUUGUUCUGCUAGAAACUAAGACUCAAAAUGGUGCUAUAUCUUGUUAUAGUAUUUUAUUUUUAGUUUUAUUUUUUUUCGUUUUGAAUUACAAUAAUUUAUUUUGAAUAUUAAUUUGAGUUAGUUUUUUUUUAUUUUUUCUAUUAACUUUAAGUUAGGCAUUGAGUUCCCGGCUCUAGUCCUGUUUUAUAAAUCUCUCUCUCUAUUUUAGCAAAACAAACCGAACUUGUAAAUUUUUUGUUUAUGGAAGACACAGCAUUUUACCAAAUUAUUUUUUAUUGAUUUUAUAUAUUUUAGUUUUAUUAAGGAAAUUUUUUAUAUAUGUUAAAAUAGUUGUUAAGUUAUAUAUUUUUAUACAUGCAACAAACAAACAAAUAAAAUAUUUUUUAAAUUCAACAAACAAAA